UAAUCGAGUGUUUUUCUUUUCGUAAUCCCACCAAACCCAUUUCUGAACAGGACAAGGAGGAGUAGCAAAAUGUGUGAAGAAAUUGAUACCUUUUGUUCCUGAAGGUAUAAGUAAAUACCACAUAUAUUCAAAAGACUAAAUACUCAAAGCUUCAGGCAAGCUCUUCAAGUCUCGCCCAGCGUUUCUGUGCACUCUGGAACUAUGGCUUCCUCUCAUUUUCUCUGCCAUAGCCCCAUCUUCCACCCAUCUCCCAAUAUUAUUGAAAAUCGCAGUCUCUCUUCGUUCAGGUCACAUGGGUCCUCUUUUUUUGACUCAAAGUCUAGAAAUCAAAGGACCCCAUUUGUCAGACUCAUGGUUUCUGCCAGAAAACAAGUAGAGAUAGUGUACAAUCCUGAUGAAAGGAUAAACAAGCUGGCAGAUGAGGUGGACAAGGAAGCCGCUCCGGUUUCAAGGCUCACUCUAUUCUCACCUUGCAAGAUAAAUGUUUUCUUGAGAAUAACUAACAAAAGGGAAGAUGGGUUUCAUGAUUUGGCAUCUCUCUUUCACGUAAUAAGCCUUGGAGAUGUAAUUAAGUUUUCUUUGUCACCCUCAAAAGCUCAAGAUCGUUUGUCAACCAAUGUGCCUGGGGUCCCCCUUGAUGAUAGAAAUUUGAUUAUUAAGGCCCUUAACCUUUACAGAAAGAAGACUGGUAGCAACAAUUUCUUUUGGAUUCAUCUUGACAAGAAGGUGCCCACAGGAGCAGGGCUGGGUGGUGGAAGCAGCAAUGCUGCUACUGCACUCUGGGCAGCAAAUCAGUUUAAUGGUUUUCUUGCCACCGAGAAGGAACUCCAAGAAUGGUCGAGUGAGAUUGGUUCAGAUGUUCCCUUCUUUUUCUCUCAAGGAGCAGCCUAUUGUACUGGUCGAGGUGAGGUUGUUCAAAAUAUUCCUCCACCGCUACCAUUCGACCUUCCAAUGGUUCUUAUAAAGCCCCAACAGGCAUGUUCAACAGCUGAAGUUUACAAGCGCCUUCAAUUGGAUAGAACUAGUAAGGCUGAUCCUGUAACUUUGCUGGAGAAAAUUUCAAGGAAUGGAAUAUCACAGGAUGUUUGCAUCAAUGAUUUAGAACCUCCAGCGUUUGAAGUUCUUCCAUCUCUUAAAAGAUUAAAACAGCGUGUACUUUCAGCAAGCUGUGGACAAUAUGGUGCUGUUUUUAUGUCUGGAAGUGGAAGCACUAUUGUUGGGAUUGGUUCUCCAGAUCCUCCCCAAUUCGUUUAUGAUGAUGAUGAAUAUAAAGAUGUGUUUUUGUCAGAGGCCAACUUUCUCACUCGUGAAGAAAAUAACUGGUAUACAGAACCUGCUUCGAGAAGUGCUUGUGGCUCAUCCUCCCAUUUUUCCCAGUCAAUUGAGUGAUUCACUCCCUCACUCACAGAGAAAGUUGCAAUAUUGUUCAUAUUAUUUAAUGCAGUUCAUUCCAACUAUUAUAGGUUGAGAAUAUAGAAUUUCACAUUGAGGGUUACAAGUCAUGACUAAAUAUAUUAGAUUUUGAGCAUUUUCAAGCGUUAAACAUUAGUAUUGAGAA